AUGACUAAACCGGCAUCUCCAUACCUUCUCGACCGUCUGCAGGCGCGUCGUGCAAACCUAAAUACUCGAUCACGUCGCUCUUCAGCUGCGCGACUAACGAACCUGGACGAUGACUUGUUCCUCGACGAGGCCAGGUCUUGCGCCAACGACACCCUGACGACAACACCUAACAAGACGCAAAUCCCUACGAACACCACCGCGUCUCUAGGUGCACGCGAAAUGGAAAAGCGCAUGGAUCGACUUCUCAAGCUCAACUUUGACUUGAAGCUGGAGCUCUUCCACGCACGAGAGAGCAUGGCGAAACUAAAGGAGAAUUGCCAACUACUGGCUUCGCGCGCUGAGCAUGCUGAUCGCCUCGUCGGAGAGAAUGCUACACUUCUCGAGCUGAACGACAGUCUGGUCAAGGAACUGGAGCAUCGGGACGAAGCUGUUCAAGAAGCUGUAUCCAUCAUCUGUGAUCUCGAAGAAAGACUGGAGCAGGCGCAACAGAACCACCACGACCAGCCAGACCUCUCCAGGGUAACGCGUGCGUCUUCUGUCUCGCCCUGUCCUGGAGCUGUGCUCUCACCGCCCAAGUCCGACAAAUCGUCACUUUCGCAAUCAGCUUCAGCAAGGCGUAUACCUUCCUUUGUGGACGACAAGAAACCAAACACACGUGCUUUGCGAAGCGUCUACCUAGAGCCAAAACCAACGUUGCAUGCUGCGAAAAGCUUUGCAUCCUUCAACUCGCAGAAGGAAGACGUCGACAAAUCCGUCUCGGAUAUUGACACAUUGGACUCACCACGAUUAAGUGUGCUGAGCAAGAGUAGCUUUCCGAGCAUCUACGAUCUCCCGAGAGACAAAGACUCAAACAAGUACGAGGAGAACGAGCUCGCCCUUCCUGACAGUCAGCUAGACAAUAUCUCACAAAACGCUGGCAGCAAGCACGACUCGGAUAGUGAUGUCAGCUCUUGGAUCCAGGUGCAGACACCGCAGUCAUCUGACCAGUAUCCAUCGAAAUACAUUCCGCAAUCUCGUACCCAGCGACCAGCGUACUUCGCUCAAAAACGCACACCGUCGCUCAAAGGCUCAACAUUCGGCGGAGCUUUGCUUCCACCAACACCAGACAGUGCAAGCACAAGCGUCUUGCAAGACUCGUACAUGAACGGUCCUCAAGAUGUGCAUCACAAAAUAGCCAAAGAUUUUCCUAGUGCUGCAAAGCAUGCAGCGUUACUACACACUCCUGAGACACCUAGCAUCGCCGACAUGAGCAAACUUCAUAACAAAUCAGAAGUAAUGAACCCUAUGAGUGGCGCUGGGUGGUUCAACAGGCAUAGCAUAUCUCUCUCUUCGACCGACGAGGAAGACGAGUACUAUGAGCAAUCGGACAGCGAUCGCACUGGCAGCGCAGGAACAGACAGCUCGUAUCCUAACGGGGGUAGUAUCCUCAAGGGCACACCGUCUAGAUUUCAAGUUCGUCGCAAUGUCUCGCCAGCCAGACCUCAAGAAGGGCAAGGCCAAAAGACGAUGGAGAAAUGGGCACUUUUCCCAAAGAGCAACGAAAAGACUCGCUUCCAGAUGGAGCGCUCAGAAACGACACCGAAUCUUGCAGCAAUCCAAACUCCUCCAGCGUCACUGCAAAAGAACAACUCCGCUCGCAGAUCUUCCAGCACACGACCACAGCGCAUGGAGCGAUCAGAGACUACACCUAAUCUGACAACGACUUUGCAAGCACCGAAUGCUAUGACGAUCUUUCAAUCAGGACCUUCGAUCAAGCCAAUGUCUAGCGGUAGUGGAGGUGUGCGAGCAGCACUCUCUCAAAAGACACAAAAGCUCUUCCGCCGCAUGAGCGAACAUCAGACCUCCUCGUCAGAACAGAAACUCGGCCGUAGUAUCACACUCUCACCUUCCAAGCGGUCAAGCGCCUCCAGUGGCACUCGUAGUGAUGAAUCUCUGGCCAUGCAAGCAGCCAACCAGCCAGGUUUUUCACGAAACUUGAGUCCUUCUCGACCGAGCACUAGUGAGGCCAAGAGUCCCAGCCGUGGUCUGUUUUCGCGUGCGGCGGGGAGUUUGAGACGAUAG